GCCUUGUUUAUGCGCUGUGAUUACUAGCUAAGAAAACUGAUAGGAUAGCUCGAUCUAUAGCCGCCCGGUUCUCAGCCGAGUACCCAGGUAGCAUGUGCAUAGUAAACAGUGAGCCGUUCAUGUCUUUCACAUGUUGAGGGCUUACACUCUUACUCAUUUCUAUCACUUCUAAAAGUGUCUUUUGACGAUUUGCAGCUACGAUGCUACUGGCCGAAUUUUUCAGAUUUGAAUGGGGCGAGAAAGAGCUGCCUAGGGCCUCAUCCCCACCCCAAUCGCCAUCCCAGUCUGUCAAGGCUGCAUCGCUCACAUUAUGCACAACGGUUGCUGCUCUUUCUAUUCCUGCACGUAAAGGCUGGGACAGCCGCUUCGAUGACAUAGAGGAUGCAGAAGCCGAUUCGCAGAACGAAAAUUUGGGCAGCAUCGAAUCAGCCAUCCAUGAACAGGCCAAGCAGCAAGAGAGGGUACAUGGGGCCAGUGAGAACAACAAGUGUCCAGCGGACCGCCUUCGACAAGAUACAGAUGAUCCCAAGCUUGAAGAAGAAGCACAGGGAUGGGCGGAAGCUUAUCAGGCAUCCGCAGAUGCAGAAUAUCGUGUUGCAGGAAAAGUACCAACUUUGGAAGCAAGUUUGGGGUACUUCAGACAGUAUCCGGUCAAAUCCUUCCGUCACUGCCCCCUGGAUCAGACGCAAGCUUCGAUUCGUCUUGUGCACCUACUUCCAAACUUAUCGCCCGACGGGUUGAUUCAAUGCACAAUGUCGCAUGCGUCUUUGAGCAGAACCUAUGUGUGUCUGUCAUACGUCUGGGAGAUUCCCAUUCAGGAGGCCCCCGAACGACCAAAAGAUCCGAACACACGAUUUAUAUAUAUCAACGGACAACCCUUUCGUAUCACGCAGAACCUUUUUGAGUUUCUUCGAAUGGCACGACAUAAUGCCGCAAGGACCAAUUGGGAUCUGAAACAGUUUAACUUGUCAGUUCCGUUCUGGAUAGACGCUAUAUGUAUUGAUCAGCAAAACAACAGUGAAAAAAAUCAUCAAGUCAAGCAAAUGGGUAAGAUAUACUCACGUGCCCAGUCCGUCCAAGUUUGGCUCGGUGUCGCGCCAUCAUUUGACUCAGACGAUGGCAUGCUGCAGGACCUACCAGGAGUCGGUGAAUACCAAUCGCGCCUCGAAAAGUUUGUCUACCACUGGACUCGGGCUAUUCCAAAAAGAGAUGGGGGCCCUUUUCUAGACAGCGACUGGGAGUACGGCGUGUAUCUUUUUCGGUUUAUCUUCCAGAAUCCCUACUGGCAACGAGCAUGGGUAGUGCAAGAAUUUUUCCAAGCGAGCAGACUCAUGAUAUGGAUAUAUACGUAUCCUUUGGAUAUGAUGUAUCUUCGGCGCAUGAGGAACUGUCUCUACGGUCUAGGUUUUGCAUGGGAUUCCCUACACUAUCAGCAGUACCAUAGCAGCAAGCUCAAGAGCCCUACAGCAUUGAACUUGCUAGAGGCUCUGUGUCGUUUUCAGGACAAACUAUGCAGAGAUCCACGAGACCGCGUUUUCUCCCUGCUUUCCCUCUGCCCAAAAGAGCAGUCUUCGAUCGCGGUCGACUACAACGUUCCGUUGAGUCACUUGGCGUACACAAUACUAUCCUCCAAAAGGAGCAGAGUCUGUAUCUGUACAGCUGCUGUGGUAGCUGACGCACUCUCUGAGAAGACCUUGGGAGGCCAUUUGACACCACAACGUAUACCAGACGACCCCUGGAUCGAGUUUAACAUCAAGAUCUCUUCUUCUGAAGACUACCCCCUGAAAUCGGUAGACUACAUUUCUCAGUCGCAAUGCAAAAGUGCAAAUCUGAGGCUUGAUAUAUCCGGUUGGACUCCAGCCGAGAAACGGAUGUACUGUAUGCCCAGGGCGGGCACAAGGAACGCUGCCACCGUGCGCGUGCCGUUAUUUAGGCUACCUCCGAUAGUAUCCCUCAAUGGAUCUGUGUGCCACCCCGGGCCAAGUAGUGGAUUGGUUCGUCUGAGUUGGGGAAAAUCCGAGGAAGUAUCGAAGUAACAACUUUUCCGUGACGGCCAAUGUGUGAAUGCACAACCAUUUCGGGAUGUGGUUAUCCAAGCUGUAGGAGAGGACGGGCUAAUUGUACGUGCCUGGUGCGAGGGGCGAGUGAAGACAGUUGCUCUCCUACCCCCAAGGCUUUCCGUGGUAGUCAACGUAUAGCUAUUCGAUUCAAUCUGCUAUGCAUAUCUCUUACAUUCACGAUACCCUAUUCAGCAUCUUAGUCUUACGCAGAGAAGCUACUCUUGACACAUAGUAGUUCAUGUCGUGGCAGCGCGCGUAGGAACAGAGGUGGAGCGGCUCAAGUCGCCCCGUGACACUCAGCGGAGCACCGCAGUCCAUGAGAGCACAUGAGCCGUGACGAAGAACCUGGGCCCUCGACGAUGCGACGGGAGCAGUAUCAUGGUCACCCGU